AUGGGGGUGGCGUCGGUGAAGCGUCGGGGUGGCUUCCGCCGCGAUGAGGAUCGUCGACUGCGACUGUCGCGCCGAUGUGGGGCUACGGUGGCUGUGGUGAUGGUCUUCCUGCGUCUCCUCAGUGGCACGAGCCCAGUCGCACACGCCUUCAACGUCUGCGCGGACAUCAGCCGCUGUAGCGAGUGUGUCUUCGACCAAACCGAUGGGCUCAUGCCACCGCCGCUGAUGUGCGGCUGGUGCGAGAGCACGCAGACGUGCAAGGAGAUAAACAGCACGGUGCUGUCCUACUACCGAACCACCCUCGCUACCGGCGGCGCUGGCGACGCAGAGGUGGAGCACACCCCAGAUGAAGUAGCCGCGUUCCGUGAGCAGUUCUGCGAGGAUUUUCGCGAGCGCAACUUCAACGCGGUGUGCCCCGACAUGUUCUGCGCCGCCUCGAAGACGACGAACAAUAUCUACAUCUGCCGUGCGCCGUCUAUCGCUGCGCUUGUGCUCGGCUGCAUCUUGUUUGUUCUCUCCAUCCUCCUGUACACGUGGAUGCAGACCAUCCACCAGCUGCCAUGGAAGUACGAGCCGUUCCUGUCCGACCUCCUCGCCGGUCGGCACAGGCCCCCUGACCCGGCAGGCGACGACGGCGACACCGAGGCUAUCGUCGACGACUGCCGCGACACGGCCGCGGUGCCACACAUCACUCUGCCGUCCGCAGUGCAGAGAGGGCACAGCGCCGCCUCGCCGUUUCUCGAUCGCGACGGCGGCACCGAGGAUUUCGGAGAGCGCGGCAGUGAUGACGGUGAUGGGGGGGUAUCAUCAAGCUCGACCGCGCAGCGGCAGCAGCAGCAGCAGCAGCAGGGGCAGCAUGCCCUUCUCCAUCGCGCCGCGUCUAUCGUGACGACGACAGCGGCAACCGGCUACUGCCCCAUCUGCCGAUGCCGCCAUCCCGUCCCUCUCGGCCCGGGCAACGUCUGUUUUUGGUGCAACGUCGCCCGCUUCGCCUUCGUGCCCGUCUCUCUGGUCCUCCUCAGCUCGUCCAUCGUCAUUGUCCUCAGCUUCGCCGUGUCGCUGAAGCCGUGGUUCGCGGACGCUUACUUUGCCGAGGUGCUCGUCGUGGCGUACCUUUCCUUCGGCGGCUUCGUCUGGUAUGUUGUGCGUCACCAUCGCCGCGCGCCGCUCUUCUACGUCGAGACGGAGGAGGAGCGCGAGGCGAAUGAGGAGGUGUGGCCCGCCGCGCGGCACCGACGGCCCACCUCGCGGUUGCCGUCGGCAGCCGCCGGCGCCGCGUCCAUCACUGGUAGCGCAUCCGAGGUGGAAAGGGAGAGCAUGCCUUCGCCACUGCACUCGCGGAACGCGAAACUGCAGCUCUUGAACGACGCGCGACGCAACAUGGCCAGCACCACAUACCUGAGAUUGGCACUCCGGCUGCGUGGACGGUCGUUGCUCGACCAGAUCCCGGAGCUGAAGAAGUACCGUGCGCAAAUUGCAUCGAUGCACCUCGCACCAGCCACCCUGACGAGGGUUGGCGGUGCUUUGUCGGCGAUGUGCACACCCAUGACUGCCGCCAUGGCGGGCUCUGGCGCGUACGGCGGAGAUGCGGGCACUACAGUGGUCACAACAGCCACCGCCGCUGCCACCAGCGCUGUGGCUGCUGCGGGCGCCCCCAUGACACCCGUGACGAGGGCCGACGUGGAUGCCACCGCGGCAACGCCUACGGCGUCUAUGCCGUCGUGCUUGUCCUUACCAUUGCAGCGGACGCGUCUGCCGCAGCACCCAACGCCGCUGCCGUCAGCAGUUGCGGCUGCGGCCGUGGGGAGCACCGACACGGCGGGUGUCAUGGCAGCGUCCGCGUUCUCUUUCGAUGCCCAAACAUCUCCGGCUGCAGCUGCGGCUACUGGAUCCGCUUCGGCGACCGUUGCGACGAGUGCAGCGGCCGCUACGCCGAUGCCGCUCGCGACGACGCUGCCCGAUAGAGUGGCUCGUCAGAAGCGGGCCGAGACGGCGCAGCUGCUUAACUCCGACUUUCUCUCUCCGCAGUACCGCAAGGCUCUCAAGGCGACCCUCUUCAGGGAUGAGCUCAUCACGUGGUACUCCGAGCCGCGGCUGCGCAGCGUGCUGAUGGAGAACAAGUGGCUACUGCUGGACUUGCUCGCGGGCCUCCUCUUUGGCAUCUGGAUGCUGAUGCUGUCCUCGGUGAGCGACAAGACCUUCGCUAUUGUGAGACUGAGCGGCUCAACGGCCGUGGCGGCGUGCGGCCUGGUCGUUGUGCUUGGCUUUGCGCUGCUGCUCGUCGUGGUCGUCCGCAGCUGCGGGCGGCUCUACGUGCUCACGGACGAGCGGCUUAUCACAGUGUACGAGAGCAUCAUCGAGCCGGUGGUGACCGCGACAGACCUGAGUAGCGUCCGCUUCGCCGCCCUGUACGGCUACCACGGCAUCUGGGCCCGCGAGCCGGUGCUCGACUUCUCCUGGGAGGUCCCUGCGACAGAACGCAAGAUGCCGGCCAUCAAGAGCCACAAGUUCUCGGGCAUCACGGAUCUGCACGAGUUUCUGUACUACUUCCGCAUGAUGGCGCCGCAGACGCCAUUCCACCUGCAGCAGAUUUCGGAGUCGACGCGACAGGACCGCGCCGAGUGGCGCAUGCACGUCAUCCUGUGCAUCGGCUUGUUUGUUGCACUGCCCAUCAUCACGGUGUACCCGCAUGCGGUGCCGGACUUCCUCGCUGCCUACCUCUACGUGGUGGCGCUGCUGCUCAUCGGCUCGACGCUGCUGCGCGGACUGCGGGCACAGCAGAUGACAUGUGCGCCGCUGAACAUCGCCGCGUCGUGGGCGCCGGCACCGGCGCGGAAUGAGGUGGACGGCGCAGAGCCGUUGCAGCCGCUGCCGCCGUCGGUGGUGACGCAUGCACCGGACGGGUGCUCAGCGCCCAAGACAACGGCGUCCAGCUUUGGGGGCCACGGAGGGUCGCAGGAGCUCGGCACAGCGUCAGUGUCGCCGAUAUCCGUGCCGAUGUGA